AGGAAAACCUUAAGUAGAAAUUUGUCAUUUUCUGAAGAAAAGUUGAAUGGUGCCUUCCUGUGUUGAACUCUCUGCCACAAUGCUCGGCUGUUGUUGGUGGUUGCCUGGAAGUGGUGUCUUUAUUAGGACACAAAGAUAUCUUUGUGCUUUGGGCAGUCACAGAAGGUUCAGAGUUUCGGCAUCAAGUUCCCUCAUCAGGGAAGAAGAACAAGGGCACAUAGAUGGGAUUAUACCUCACUCUCUCUUCCAGUGCCAUUGGGGCAAUCAGAUAGAGAGGGAGGUAAGACAGGACUCCGAAGGAGCUUCGGGACUGUUCCUCAUACUUCAGCACACCACUUUCUCAAUUCUUCAGAAACCAAUCCGUCGUUAGCGGGAGGAGUCCCACGAGUGGACCUGAGGGACAAGCAAGAGCAUUUCCCGAGUUCGACGGAGCCAAAGAGGAGUCAGAAGGUCAGAGGUCCAGUGGGGGGAUUAUCGGGGGUCUUGACCCAGGUUUACACAAAGGACAUGCUCCCGCCUCAGAAGGGUGCGGGCCGGGAGCGGAGAUCAUUCCACUGGUGGAACAUCUCACCAUGGAACACGUGUUUGAGAGUUGCGUGUUGCAGUCGCCUACGUUUUAUGUGGUUCACACUAAUGGUCCUGACUGUCAUCUGUGUGGCACUGCAGAUAUUCGGUGUGGUCCGGCAGGCCAGGAGCUCCAAGGCUUUGAAUCUUGUGAGCGAGAUCCAGAGGCCCAUGAAGCAGACAGAAUGGGAUAACCUUUGGUAUGUUUCAGCAGCCGUUGUUAAGGACCCAACAGACCAACACCCUUUUGUAAAAAGAAACGUCAUAGAGGGAAGAGGCCAAGUCUUAAAGUCUGCAAGAAAAAAGUUGGACACAUCUUCACCCAGGCGUCUUGCUAGCACUCUCAAAAACAAAGUAAUAUCAAACAAUAAUCCCCCAACCACCGAAGCAUCUCCACCAAUAGAGGUAGCAAAUAAACUUGACCAAAAAGUGGUAAAUCUAUUUCCAAAUGUCCACCAGCCAAACAGGCCAACUAACCCUGAAGGUACCCUAAAAAAGUCUGGACCAAGUAAAAUUUACAAAGCACCACCCUCUGAUGACGUUCUUUACUAUGAUGAUAAAUAUACAGUAUAUUCACAGCCUGACAACAGUGUCAUGUGUCAACCCAAGAACCACAUUGUCUUUCUCAAGACACACAAGACUGCCAGCAGCACCAUAUUGAACAUCCUCUAUCGAUAUGGGGACAGCCACAACCUGACCUUUGCCUUGCCACUGAAUAUGCACAGCCAGUUAUUCUACCCUGCGUUUUUUGCUGCACACUUUGUGGAGGGCAUCAGGACUUCCAGUGUAAAAGAAUUCCACAUCCUCUGCAAUCAUAUGAGAUUCAAUUCACAAGAGGUGAGAAAGUUAAUGCCUGAGGACACAUUCUACUUCUCCAUUCUUCGGAAUCCGGUGGCAAUGAUGGAAUCUAUCUUCGCUUACUACAAAGCGAUCCCAGCAUUCCGUGUGGUCAAAAACCUUGAGGAGUUCCUAAUCCAGGGUGGGCGGAGCUACAAUGCCUCUGUGCUUAAUAACCACUAUGCACGGAACAUUUUGACCUUUGACUUUGGUCUGGACAGCACAGCGCCUGAGAACGAAGAAGACUUGGACAGGCGUAGCGCCGAGAUCAUUGCUGCUGUGGAACGCGACUUUCAGCUGAUCCUCAUUUCAGAGUAUUUCGAUGAAUCAGUAGUGCUUCUAAAACACACCCUCUGCUGGACACUGGAUGACGUUUUGUCUUUCCGCCUCAAUAGUCGCAGCGAGCGCUCUCGGCGGCCACUGAGCCCAGAAACCGCAGAGCGGAUAAAAGCGUGGAAUUCGCUAGACUGGCGACUGUACCAACACUUUAAUGCUACUUUCUGGAAACGCAUAGAUGCCAUACUUGGUCGGACUGAGCUUCAACGGGAAGUAGAACUUCUGAAGGCUGGGAGGAAGAAGCUUGAGGAAACGUGUCUUAUAGGAGGUGGGGCUGUAGAUCCUGCGCAUAUCCAUGAUUCAUCAUUAAAACCAUUUCAGUAUGGUGCAGCAGUUAUUCAAGGUUAUAACCUGCGUUUGGGGCUAAACGAUGAGACUCGCCAGCUUUGUCAGAGACUGAUUACACCUGAACUUCAGUACACAUCUGUUCUGUACACUAAACAGUUCCCUCAGUUAGCGGCUGCCCGUGUUGCUGUUUCAAAAAAGAUUGUGGCCGCUAGAAACUCUGUUAGCACACACAGAGCUGUUAAGCGCAAUAUACCAAUAGCUAUGACAAACAAUACCUCACAUAACAAUGCAGAUAUAGCCAUUCGGAAAACUAUAGCUACCACUUACAGUAACAGCUAAUUAUAAUGAGAGACACGAUGUAACAGAUCAUUUUGAUGUACACAUUGUAACAAAACAGUGUAAAAAUAAAGAAACGAGAGGAAACUCGCAUAAACCACACAAAACACUUUCAAAACACACACACACAAGCAUACAGUACAAUCCAAAAUAAUCUGCUGGAUUGAGAGCUUUAAUGAAUGAGAACUUAGAAUAGAAAUAGCAAGCGGUGCAAACAAGCAGUCUGAAAUGAACACUUUAAAAACAAUACAUUAGUUCCAUUCAGCGCAAUUCAUAUUUAUUGGUACAAUACUUUUAACUAUGCAGCUGUACGGAGUUCAGGAGUUAUCUCCAGUAAGCAAGCUGAAAGUAACAGUUGGAGAGGGGAAAAAAUAAUUCUGGAAAAAAAAAAAUAAUGCAUGGGUUAGGUCAUCGUUUUGGCACUUAAAAAUAAAGAAGUCUGGUCAUAUUGUGUGCACAUGGUGUGAGACAUAAAAAUCGAGUGUGAUUCUUUGUCUUACAAAGACUUAUUUCCCUUGCACUUUAUAUUCUGAUGUGAACUGACCUACAUUUCUUUCCCCUCUAAACCAGAAGAGGUUUGUUGUGUCUGUUCAGCUGUUGCAUGUUUUGGAGGAUGCAAACCUGUCUGUACCACACCGGCUAAAUAUGUCUUUGUUUUUUUUUCCCUCCAACCCAAUGGUUCAGGUUUCCUAUUUGACGAUUUAGUCAGAAGGUUGUAUAAUAAAGACAUAGUAUUGUUGGCUGUGUGAUUGACCUUCGCAAAAGUAUAGAUGUUACAAUUUGGAGAAUAUUCUUCAGACAAUUUGUAAAUCCAGAUAUUUAUUUUGUACUGUUGGACCGUGUGACUUUGUCAAACAGAAUUGUUGUUAAAUAUAUGAAAUUGUAGAAAGGGGGGAAUUUACGACAUUUUGGCAAGUUCAUAUAAGUCAGAGUUGAAUGUAAAAUACAUUUAUGGAUCUCUCAAUUUACUGUGCCAUUUGAGACAUUUCUUCUUAAUCAGAAACAUGCUUUGUCUUAUGAUAGGUUUAAUAGAAUGUCAUAUAUCCAUUGGUAAGACCCAAAACCCAGCCUAGAAACCUGAUGCAUCUUUGAGGCCAGCUUAAAGGGAUAGUUCACCCAAAAAUGAAAAUUCCCUCAUUUCCUUACCCUCACGCCAUCCCAGAUGUGUAUGUCUUUCUUUCUUCUGCAGAAUACAAACUAAUACUUUAGAAGAAUAUCUCAGCUCUUUAGGUCCUCACAGUGCAACUGGAUGGGUACAAAAAUUUUGCACGUAAGGAUGCAUAAAAGUAAUUCAUAAAACUCCAGUGGUUAAAUCCAUAUCUUCAGAAGCAAUAUUAUAGGUGUGGGUGAGAAACAGAACAAUAUUUAUGUCUUUUAUUACUAUAAAUUCUCCUCCCUGCUCAGUAGGUGGCGAUAUGCACGAAGAAUGCAAUUCGCCAAAAACAACAGAAGAAGAAUGUGAACGAGAAAGUGGAGAUUUAUAGUUAAAAACAAAAAGAAGUUAUAUAUUAAUCUGUUUCUCACCCACACUUAUCAAAUUGCUUCUGAAACUGUGGAUUAAAACACUGGAGUCGGAUGGAUUACUUUUAAGCUGCCUUUAUGUGCUUUUUGGACCUUCAAAAUUUUGGUUCCCCUGUCACUUGCAUUGAAUGGACCUACAGAGCUAUAAAAUUCUUCUAAAAAUCUUUGUGUUCAGUAGAAGAAAGAAAGUCAUACACAUCUGGGAUGGCAUGAGUGUGGGUAAAUGAUGAGAGAAUUUUCAUUUUUGGGUGAACUAUCCCUUCAAUGAAGAAAACAGACUGACGCUAAGGGUUAAUACUUGUUAUACUCGUCUUACUAUGAAAGAUCCAGUCCUGGGCCAUCACACAUAAUUACCAGCCUUCCAGAAAGAUCAUCUGAACCAAAGUCUGAUCUUUACAGCUCAAAACUGGCUUUAAUGUUUCAUAGCAAUAUAAAUGUGCAAACAAUUAUUGUAAUUUUCUGAAAACUAUAUUUGAAACUGGUCUUUAUUUAUUAAUAAAAGAUGAUUC